UCGUCUGUCACAACAAAGAAAAAGACCAAUUGAUUCGCAGGGAAAAUUAAAAAAAAAAAAAUCAAGAUCAAUAACUCAGAGGCUGUUGAACUCUGUGGAAGCCAAAAAUGUAAAACCACUUCCGAUUGCUCUGUGACUGCACCGAGCCUUGUGAAACAGCGGGACCGGGUACGGAGAGGAUCCAGAAGCACGGGUAUGGGAAGCUCCUGGUGAUCUGGGCACUUUCUCCUUCAUGUCACUGACCUGCCAGGAGCCGCUUUAGGACAUGGAUCCCAAAGGAGCAAGAGGGACCAGAAAGUGCUGCUGAUCUGCACAGACCCCUUUGCCUGCUGCUGCCCCACAGGGAACAGGGAGCUGCUGAGGAGCCUCAUGGUCCAUCCCUGGAUUCUCCAAGCACUGACUGCCCAUCCACUCUGACCACAGCCAGGAGCCACAUCCCACUGCCUGCCCAGCAUCCAUCCAUGGAGGUGACCACAGUGUCCUCAUCGGCCAUCUCACCCACCAAAGCAGAUGAUCUGUGUGAGACAGAUGUCACCAAGGUGGCCAUACACAGUGUGACUCUGCUCAUCUGCCUCAGUGGGCUGGCUGGGAACGGAGCUGUCAUCGGCCUCCUCAACCUGAAAAUCCCCAGCUAUGGCAUCUUUGACCUGGCUGUUGCCGAUUCCCUCUUCCUCCUCUUUGCCGUCCCCUCCGCCCUCGCCUUCCUGGUGGAGGACGUGUCCUGCUCUCCCAUCCUGCCCCUGCUGUACCUGCGUUUCCUUUUCCAGCUGUCAGUGGUCUCCUGCUACUGGGGGCUGUUCCGGCUGAUGCUCAACAGCAAUGUGCAGUACGUGUACAAGCUCUGGAAGCUCUGCUGGCACUCCGACCUUCCUGAACGACUGGUGUGGGUGGUGGAGAGUGUCCAAUAUUCUGCCUUCUUUGCUCUCUUUGCUGUCAUUCCUGCAGUGACAUUCCUGUGCCCAUCACACGAGCAGCAGCACUGUGGUGUGCCGCUCAUCUCCAUGUUCACCCUCAUCCUGCUUCUCUUUGUUGCACCCGUAAUCAUUUCCAGCACAAUUGACUUCAUUAAGUCCAAGUGGGGCUCCCAGCAGCAGCAACCCAAGAGGCGCGACAUCGUUGUCAUCCUCACUCUGCUCCUCACCCUCCUUCUCAGUUUCUGCAAUUUCCUGCAGCAGAUUGGUUACGUCCUUUUGUCAUCCCAGGCUGUUUUCCUGCUCACCUGCCUCCACAGCAGCAUCAAACCCUUCAUCUACUUCUUGGCAGGGAGGUGCAGGAGACCCUUCUCCAUAAAGUCCCUCUGGCUCUCCCUUCAGAGAGUCUUUGAGGAGCCAAAAGAAAAAACUGACCACAGCGAUGAUUCCUCCACAGACACAGAGGUCUGAGCCUGUUGAUCCCUUCCACUGCUCUGCUGAAGGACCCCAGGAGAGUGGCUGAGGGUUUCCUUGAGCCUCCAGAUUAAUCAAUAUCCACAGGAUCACCCUCCCUGUGGUGGUGUAUUCCUGCAGGAGAAGGGAGUAGGAGCAUUUCCUUGGGUGAUUGUUGUGGGAUGCUCUGCAGGGAGCACAUUGGAGCAUGGCUUUCCUCCUCCCUCCUGGAUCCACAUGGCUCCAAGCAGUGCAGCUGGGCUCAGUGCUGUUCCCCAGCUCUAUUCCCCAUGGAAUGACCCUCAUGGCCUCGACCCCAGGGAAUGAACUCCAUCUCCUCUGGCUCAGCAGAUGAGUUUCAUGGUGCUUUCAGGGAGCUCUUGCCUGCAAAGCAUGGGACACCUUAAUCCCUGGGGUCACACCCAGCACGGGGUGGCAGUGAUUUCCCAAAUCCCUGCAGGUCUGGUGCCUCUGGAUGGCAGGAGAGGGGUUGGGAUCACACGCAGCAUCCCUCCCCUUCUGUCUGGCAGAGCCAGCCCUGCAUUCCCAGCUGAUGGGAAGGGACACCAGGUAGGGCUGCAGAGCUGGGGAGAGACAGCAACAUUCCCUUAUCCUUUCAGUGGGAAUUCCUCACAUUUUUUAAUUCCAGAAUUUAAGCCUUCUGAGUAAAGUGCAGGGUUGAUAGUGAACUCCACUGAUCCCUUCUGCCUGUAUCCAGAAAAUACAUGGAGUAUGGAAAUUCCCAUCAGCAGAUAUUUGGACCAUUUAAUUGCACGGAAAUUAGGGGGUUCUGCUACUCUUCUGCAGAAUGGGGCCAUCCAUCCUCUGGGGCCCCAGCAUCAGUGUCCAGGGAAGCCCUUGACCACCUCCAUCCUGAACCUGGCCACCCUCAGGAGGAGCUGAACAGCGACUGCACAGCGGCUUCAGCCACAGGCCAGGCUUUGCUGAGCUUUGUCAUUUUGUAACUGCGUUGCCAUCAGAUUUGGAUUUCUGGUUUUUGUUUGUUUCUACUGUGGUAAUUCCAACCCCAGAAUUUGUUGAAUAAACAACAUCCAGGCUCCACUGCAGAGCCUGUACCUGUUAAACAGUGUC